AGUAAGUGCGAGGUCUAGUGUGAGAUCUAUUCUGAACCUCGGUUUGAUAGAUUUUUCAUUUUGUUCAAUUCAUUUCAGCAACGAGAACGCCCUAAAACGCUUCUACUUGUGUUUUUCAAGGCAAAAGUAUACUAUCUCGACGUUGGAUGGACUGCCUGAUAGUCCUUUUUCUUAAUCCUAUUCAUCAUUCGCUAUAACGCUAAGCAAAGACCGCCGUCUUGAACUUCAUUAUUCGCCACGAAAGGAUUUCAUCUUUGCGUAACGAUUUCUGACUAAGGCGAAAAUCUUCAAUAUUUGAAAUCAUCAUUUUUUUACAUAAUUAAUUCUUCCGAUCAUUGUUGUGUCCAGGAGACAUAUCGUCACACGAAAAUGUCCAAAAAGAGUCGCAGCGGCAAACGCCAUGGCGCGUCCUCUGCUGUUUUCGCAAUUUUGGACCUUCAUCCAGGUCCUCGAACAAUGUCAAGGUCUCUCCUUGAGCCAGCUGCAGCAGCAACGCAUCAAGGCGAAUGUUCCAGAUAUUAUCCCACGUGUCGUCAGUUGGAAUGCGCACGGGGGGCAAGACGCGGGAACCUUCACUUUGCCGGAGAAUGUCUAUCUUCUGGUUCCGCAUGAGCGCGGUUUGGAUGCACACUACUGCCUGAGCACCAGUAUUGAUGAUCCUAUAGAUUUUUCGUAUAAUUAUAAAGGAAUAGUCAACAUGGCGUAGAAUAGAAUAGUCUCAGAGAGGAUAGAAUAGUCUCAGAGAGGAUAGACUACUCUCAGAGAGAACAUGGCAUAAUAGAAAUGCACCAUGCGCAUUGUUAUGCCACUUCAUGCAGCAACAAGGCUUCUCUAUUUGAAAUAUAGACUGACUUCUCUAUUUGAAAUAAUUUCUAUACUGACUUCGUAAAUACUUGAUCAUCCUUCGGAUGCUAGUAAAAAGAUUCCUCUACCUUUAGUCAUACUUCUUCGUCCUUCAAGUACUAAUAAGUAUGGACCUCCUGACCUCCAAGGGUGCUCUAAAUCUCUUACUAGCCGUGUCACGACUACUGCCAUGUACAACUUGCUGAUAAAUAUGGACCUGCUGAUCCAAUUACAUCCAUCAAACUUCCACUUCAGGUGCCAAUAUGGAACUUAUGUUGGCUUCUACUGGUGGCGUCUUUUUCAAAAACCGCGGUUGGAAACUGUAUAAGCCAGGCGAUAAGGUCCCCAACCAAUCCUACUCACCGUUCGCCCAAGACGAGCAGAGUGCCAACUCCUGUCCGAGCAUUCGCGACUUCCAUCCCUCGUGGGCUUCUGCGCCUAUGGCCAAAUGCCUUGCCGGUUCCAACCCCUCUUGGUGCCCAGUCUUGGCCAGCUACCAAAGUGCCACCAUCGAAGGUCGAUCUGUUUUCGCGCCGCUCACUUAUCCUUUCGAAAAGGAGGGCGCUUCUUUCCAGGAGAAGCUGAAGAUCUGCUCGAGAACGAGCCUUCAAGACAUUGCAACCAAUGUGAAAAGCCGUAUGAAGAGCGACUUGCACGAGGUUUUUCUGAACGCGAACAAACCUGGACUCGGCUUUUACGCCGAUCGCAUGCAGGACAACUUAUCGCGCGGCCGCCCAGUCAUUCUGAUUCCCUUUACGUGUAAUUCCCGUGAUCCUAACGCGUCGCGCGGUAAUGCGGUCCCGGCGGACGACGUUGUGGAGUUCGUCGGUCAAGCUCAGAACAAGAUCCUAUUACGGCUACAACUACCCCCACUAACAAUCUUAACUACAGCAUCCGCAAAAAAAGGAUGUUGUAAGAUGGUAAAGUCUGCAAAGUGUUUUUACUUGCCUGUUGGUUCACUUACGGCAUCCAGGAUUCCUAGUGCACAAGCCAACGCCUAAAUCGCUGAACCAACUGCGCAGUUGGUCCAAUGGUUCAGGCUUUGGCCUGUUCACUUGAUAUUUCAGUAUAAAUGAAAUACUUCUACUUCUAUCGGUGAAAUAUAGCAUUCUUCUAUCGAACCUGCUCGUAGAGCACCAGCUGAGACAGCUCUAAUUAUCGCUCAAAAUGCUGGUGGCAAUGCUCUGAGCAAAGUUGUGUCUGAGCAAGCACCGAACAUGCCUGGACUCGAUAUCGACUCGAAGACAGCGACAGCCACUGCUUCCAAAUCUGACGAAUGUUGUGGCUCGUGUGGAGGUACUCCAUUCAGUCUUGUUGUCUAACUGUUGUGGGUGUGUCAGUUAGUGGCACUCUAUGUAAUUCUUAAGUGUUAUCUAACAAAACGAUUAUUAUCUGCUCCAUUACGAUUAUUAUCUAACAAAAGUUUGACCUUGUUGUUUUCAUUUUCUUCGUCUCUGAACCACAGGUGAUGCUGACAACAGUAUCGGAAAUUCACUGCCGAAGAAUACUCGUUUGCUCACACCCGUUAUGCAAGACUUGCUCUUUCGCAAUGUCGACGAUCAAGCACAACUAGGCCAAAAGAACGGGGACACUGCUGCGAAAAUCGCAUUUGCUCUCGGCAAGAUCUUUGCAAAACGCGGCCUCACCUCUGCGUCGACCGACAAGGCAUCUUACAACAUCAAAACUGUCCCUGCUGUUAUGGCUUCUAGAUUUCCUCUUUUGUUAUAACAGAGAGGUGCACUUAGACUUACGUCCCUUGUGACUCUACUAAACCCUACUCAUUAGACUUACGUCUCUUGUAACUCUACUAAAGCCUACUCAUUAGACUAGUCGCGUGUUACUUUUCUAGAGUUCCUCGAGCAAGAAGGACUCUGUUACUAGUAAUAGAAGGACUUGGCUAACUGUUACUAAUAGAAGUUCUGGACUUCUGUACUAACUUCUACGUCGCUUUUGAAUCAUCUAAUCGGCUGUGAGCUAUCUAGAGUAACCCCCCUAAGCAACUUGAACUUGUAUUAAAUCAUGUACGGGGAUAUUAAUUACACUACAUCUUUACUCCAUAGAAAUACGCUACAUCUUUACUCGUCCAUAGAAAUACUGACUUUGUUGGAAAGUCCUAGGUAAGUCGGAUUAUAAACUGUUGACCAGAUGAUAGUGGCAAUCACAUAAACUCUUCUCUAACAAAAGAAAUCACAAGGUGACGUUCCAAUCGGAGAUGCAGAUGAUUCUCUUCCAAGGAUUGAUGACUCAAGAGAAGGUGACGAUCCCGCAGGAUAGUUAUAACAAGAUCAAGACCGCGCUGGAUCGCACAACCGACACCACGCUCCCCUCCCAGUGGAGAGCCCAGAAACAGGGGAGUAAAGAAAAGUUUGCGUUUGCGCUCUUUCAUGCCUUUCGAAUCAUGAAGGCUAACGAUCCCUACGUUGUCGCUAACCUGGACAUGCUCGAACUCAAUGGCGAUGAUGGUUUCAAAGUACCGCUUACGGAAGAACAGCUUUUGAUUGUCAAUCACUUGGCUGGGCACGGUUCCUCGCUCAAGUUGAGACCUCCUCCGGCUUCUCGCUGAACAAAAAAUUCUUCUCGCUAAACUAAAAAUUGCACUCUAAUCUGGAUCUGAAGAAGUCAAUAUCAUGAUGAUUUUUGAUCAAUACAAGAUGCUAUUUACUAACAAGCAACAUCGAUGCUAGCUACUAGUUUACGUUUCACAUUGCUUUUUCAAGAACUAAAGGUAAUAUCAGUGUUUUCGACGAGAACUUGCACAAAGUAUUGAAUCAGACUUAGCUGUAGCAGUGUGUCUAGGUAUAACUAACACUUGCUUCAACUACUACUCUUCGAGGACUCCUCUUUUUCAAGGGCGAUUUGGCGGAACGACGGCCAAGCCCCUUACGCAACCACGGACGACGAAAAACAUUUCGUAAUUGAAUGUGUAAAAUACAUACCGAACGACAUCGUGCACUAUGGUGUUAUCACCAGCACUGCAAAUGUAGUAUCUGGAAAAUUAUGUUUGAUCUUUGUUUUUCACUCGGCAAUCGCUGUCUUGUACAGAGUCUGGCCGAUUUUUCCGAGGGUCAAAAAAAAAGCGCUUUGUUUGGUCGGACAAGCAGGGGUUGAAGGGGUCGACCACAUACUGAACGGCUAUCAGUCAUGCGCAAUAUUAUAUGACAGUACUUGGACAAUAAAAUGUUAAAAGGAAAAGAC